AUGGCACCUCGCAAAUCCACCUCCAAGUCCAAGCCUGCUCUUGAAACGCCUAUGCGGCAGACUCGUGCUCGCUCAAAGCUCAGUAACUCUACUCCUCUGAUGCAAGGUCUUGACCACAGAGGACAUGCCCAAGGUCCCCUCAUCGAAAAGCCUAAGGCUCGGGCAGACAGAAAAGCUGUCGAUAAACCGGACAGCAGUCCGAAGUCGACGUUGAAAAAGGCCAACAACAAACAAAGGAGGAAGGACAAGGUCGUCUUCCGAGCCCGGCUCAGUUACUCAGCGACACCUCCCUUGUCGCCAGCAGCUACGUCGCCAUCGUCAACAGCUCAACAGUCGGCGGCACAAGAAGCCUCAACAUUGUUGACACCUGUUGGUUCUGACAACGUCGACGCCUCGCAGAGUCCGUCAAACGGUGAUGACUGUGGCAACGACUCGAAUGAUGCACCUCCCGCUCAGGACAAUAGUAACUAUGUCCCGAGUGAAGAGGAUUCUGAAUUGUCAGAUGAUGCCCCUGAUUCUCCCGGUUUUUCAGACUCUUCUGAUCCGCCAAGCCCAGCUCAAGACCAUGAGGACGGCGGCGAUAGUGGUUCCUCCGAGUCUCCCAAUUCCGCUGGCAUUCCUGAUCCCAACCUUACCACCAACCAAGGUGGUACUGGUGGUCACGAUAUCCCUGUCGAAGAAAAUGAAGAUUCCAAUCUUUCUGAUUCUUCAGACAACGGUAUUCCGCCUUCGGAACCCAAUGCUCACUGCAAAGUCUUGACACCGAUCGGCUUCCCGACAAACACAGAUUCAUCUGGAUCCAGUAGUCCAUCCUCGGGCAGUUUCAGCCCCUUGAUUAUGCCCAAUCCUGACCCAGAAAUCCCUAGUCUUUUUGGCUCCGGUGUCAGAGCUCGUCCGCACUAUGGCUGCUGCCACGCCGAUUGGCAAAAGGCCUGGUCUGUAUAUUUCAAGGCUCAUGAGCUUCUCGAUGAAGCAGUUGCCAACCCAGAGAAGUACCUGGCCGAUACAGGACUUGAUGUGCGCAAGGGCUAUAUGGGACACCUGUUGGAGGGGUCGGGCUGGGAGGUGCUGGCACUGGAAUUGCAGCCUCCUACUGGCAAUAGUAUUCGGCUUCAUCCUACACGCAUUGCCAAGCACAGGCUGGCUUUUGCUCAGAUGGCGGUUGACAUGCAAUAA